CGAUAAGGAGAAGCUCGCCGUCUCUGUCUCAGUCGUGUCUGUGCGCUGAGCUCGGUCCUCAGCAUGAAGGCGUCCCUCCUGCUCAUCUGGCUUUGCUGUCUCUGUUGGAGAACAAAUGCUCAGAGCCAAUCCUUUCUGAUCACAGCCCCCCUCUCGGUGUGCCUGGAUGCCACUGAAACGGUGUUUGUCCAGCUGUUCGGUUUCACCUCGGAGGUGAACGUCUACGUCUUCCUGAAGACCUCCAUGGCUCCGGAUCAGAGGGAACUGUCCAAGGACUCUCUGAGGCUCAACAGCCAGAACAACUUCCAGGGCGUCGCUAAAAUCAGGUUGUUACCACAUCCAGAGAACAAGGAUUUGAAUCAUGUGAUUCUCCAUGUCCAAUCAGAAGGGAUCAACCGACACCUGUCCAUCCCGGUGAGCCGAUCCAACGGCUUCCUGUUCAUCCAGACGGACAAACCGCUCUACACCCCCCAUCAGAAAGUGAGAGUGCGGGCGUUCUCCAUGAACCAGGAGCUGAGACCAGCCAAUCGCAGCGUCUUCCUGACCUUUAAGGAUCCAGAUCAAAUGGCUGUGGAUGUUGUGGAGAUUUUUGAUGUGAACAAUGGAAUCCCGUCUAUGCAAAACCCGUUUACAAUCCCCAUCAAACCAAAGCUGGGAAUUUGGACGAUAGAAGCUUCUUACGUUGAUGACUUCACAACAAAAGCAAAGACGGACUUUGAAGUUAAAGAAUAUGUUCUUCCUAGUUUCUCCAUCCUGAUGAACCCACAAACAAACUACAUCAGUCACAGCCAGUUCAGCCAGUUCAACUUCAAGAUCUCUGGCAGGUAUCUUCAUGGUGCUCCGGUGGCUGAAGGGGAGGUGUUCCUGCGUUAUGGAUAUGUUAGCGGGAAAAACGCUCCGGUCAUCAUUCCCACAUCAGUCACCAGACACAGACUUUCUCCAACAGGUGAGCUGGACGUGAGCGUGAACAUGCAGGAGGUUCUGCAGAAACACGACGGGCCCAGAGACCUUGACAGCCUGGUGGGAAGUUACCUGUAUGUGGCCGUGCUGCUUCAGGAGGACACAGGUGGGAUCACUCAGGAGGCGGAGUUUGCUACGGUGAAGUUCGUCAGGUCGCCUUACCGUCUGAGCCUCAUCUCAACUCCUCCGUUCAUCAAACCCGGACUUCCUUACAACAUCCAGGUGAUGGUGAAGGACCACCUGGACCAGCCGGUGAGCCAGGUGCCUGUGCACAUGGUGGAGCGUCAGCUGGUCGUUCAUGGAGGAGGCAAAGAGACGAUGUCCUGUGAUGAGAGCAGUAGUAGUAACGCUGAUGGCAUCUUGUUUUAUAUCUGUAACCCCCUGAAGAACGCCGUCAAAGCAAUGCUGAAGUUCGAGUCGGCGGACCCCAGCCUCCCGGCGCAGAGUCAGGCCAGCCUAACGCUGGAGGCGGUGGCCUACCACUCCCCAAACCAGCGCUACCUGUACAUCAACACGCCCUUGUAUGGCUACAGCCUCAAAGUGGGGCAGUACGCCAACAUCCAGGUGUUCACAGCCGCGCCCUCCUUCCUGAACAUCAAAGCCAUCAACUACCUGGUGCUCGCCAAAGGGAAGGUGGUGUUUUUUAAAAGUCAGACCUUUGUCUCCAGCGUUGACGGCACACAGAACUUAAACUUCCUGGUGACGUCGGCCAUGGUGCCGUCCAUCAGACUGCUGGUCUACUACAUCCUGCAUGGAGAGGGAACCGCCGAGCUGGUGGCUGACUCCGUGUGGAUGGACAUCAAGGACAAGUGUGUCAACGGGCUGCAGACCACAGUCGCCUUCCAGCAGAGGCCCUACAAGCCCAAGGAGAACAUUCAGCUGGACGUCAGGACCAACCAGGGCAGCAUCGUGGCUCUGUCCGCCGUCGACUCCGCCGUCUUCACCCUGCGGCCCAACUACAGGGACCCUGUUUCCACGGUCCUGCGUCACAUCGAGCUCAGCGACCUGGGCUGCGGAGGAGGCGGCGGCAAAGACGGCGCUGACGUCUUCCGAUUGGCCGGCCUCACCUUCAUGACCAAUGCCAACGCCCAGCCGGCGUCCAGCGAUGAGGCGUGUACCGCCGCCGUGCGUCCAAGGAGAGCUCUGAGCGAGCCAGAGAAGAAACAGAAAGCCAGAACUUACGGCCCGAUGAGGAUUUGCUGUGAGCAUGGGAUGAAGUACGUCCCAAAGAGCGUGACCUGUCGUCAGUACGCUGACCAGAAAAUCCGAAAUCGCGAGGAGUGCAAAAGGGCCUUCAGAGAGUGCUGCGAGUACGUCCAGGAGCAGCUGGACCAGGACGACAGGCUGGUGCUGGGCCGCUACGAACUGGGAGCGGACUUUGAUCUGGCGCCGUCUUUGGUGAGAAGCUACUUUCCAGAGAGCUGGCUGUGGAAGGUGCUGCGGGCGAGAUCAGGUCAGCUGUCCGUCUCCGAGUCUCUGCCGGACUCUCUGACCACCUGGGUGGUGAAGACCGUCAGCAUGUCUCCAGAGGGCGGAAUGUGUGUGGCCGACCCGGUGGAGGUGUCGGUCAACCUGCCGCUCAGCGUGGACGUCCCGCUGCCCUACCAGGUGGUCCGGGGGGAGCAGCUGGAGCUGAAAGGCUCUGUGUACAACCAGCAGGGCGACAUCAUCACGUACUGUGUGACUCUGACGGCCGGGCCGGAGCUCUGCCUGCUGAAGUCCAAGCCGAGCACCCGGGUGGCGGGGCAACACACCACAGCCUGCACCUGGAGCCGCCUCCCUGCAGGGGGGGUGGGCAAGGUGAGCUUCACUCUGCUGGGUCUGGAGCAAGGAGAACACACCCUGACCUUCACCCUGGCCACCCAGACAGGAGUCAGAGAUGUUGUGAAGAAGACGCUGCGAGUGGUGCCUGAAGGAAUAAGACAGGAAGCCAACUCUGGGGGAAGACUAGAUCCUCAGGGACUUUACGGUUCAGAAAAACGGACCGUGAUUCUGAAGAACAGCGUGCCAGAGAACACUGUUCCUAACUCGGGUGUGGAGAGGCUGCUAACCAUCAACGGGGAGCUUCCAGGAGAAGUUGUGUCAGUCAUACUGGACCCUGAGGGCCUCAAACAGCUCCUCAACCUUCCUCCUGGGUCAGCGGUAGCAGAGCUCGAGAGGCUCCUCCCCCUCAUCCAGGUGUACCAGUACCUGGAGACAAAGGGCAGCUGGGAUGUGCUGGGAGCAGACAUCCAGAAGAACUCGGGCGAGCUGAGGCAGAAGAUCAGAGAUGGCCAGGUGGCCCUCACAUCCUUCAUAAACGGAGACUCCAGCUACAGCAUGUGGAUAAAGACGCAACCGAGCACCCUGGUCACCGCCGAGGUGGUCAGGGCUCUGUCUAUGGCCGACUCCUUCGUCUCCGUGAACCACCAGUCCCUCUCAGACUCGGUCAACUGGCUGAUCCGCAAAGCUCAGCAGGCGGAUGGAUCCUUCAUCGAAAGAUCUCCCUCCAAGCACGACAGAUUCCUGGUGGAGGGCGUUGAUAAAGUGGAGCAGUCGGUUUACGUGACGUCGGUGGUGCUGAUGGCCUUAAAACGAGCAACGAGCAUCAGAGACCCCAUCCUACAGCUGUGGUCCCAUGAGCGCAGCAAGCGUGACGCAGCGAACUACCUUUCCCAGCAUGCCAUGGCUGUGAAGAGCAUGUAUGUUCGCGCGCUGGCGACCUACGCUCUGACGCUGCACGACAGCAACAGCAUGGAGGCCUCGGAGCUGCUGACCUCGCUGGAGCAGACGGCGCGACAGAAAGGUAACCCCGUGGUGCUGCGGUACUGGCAGGAGCCCGGUAUAACGGCCGAUUGGCUGAAGCCUGAUCAAUCCAGCGGUCAGACAGUGGAGACAACAGCCUACGUCCUGCUGGCUGUGCUGCUCAAGGGGAGGAUCCAAUACGCCAACCCCAUCGUCACCUGGUUGACUCAGGAUCAGCACUACGGAGAUGGUUUCUACUCCACAAAGGACAUGGUGCUGACCCUGGAGGCCAUGACGGAGUACAGCAGGAUCGUUCCUCGAGCCGUUCUCAACCAAGACAUCAACAUCCGCUACAGCACCAAAGGACCGCUGGGCCGAGUCCAGCUGAGCCUGAGCCGACCGCUGGCCACGCCCAUCCAGAUCACAAAGAAUGACGACAUCAUCGUAUCCACGGGCUACGGGAAGGGCGUGUCCAGUGUGAAGCUGAAGACGGUUUACUAUCAGACCACCGCGUCCGUGCAGAACAGAUGUAACUUUGAUCUCACCAUCGAGAUGGUCGGGGCCGACGUCUCCAGCAAUCCAAGCAUGCGGGCUCCUCACCUGGUCGCCUGUGUCAAGUACAAACCCCCUCCUAACGAGGUGUACACCGAGUCCUCUCUGACUGUGAUGAAGAUCCAGCUGCCCACAGGUGUGGAGCCUUACCUGGAGGACCUGAGACAGUUCAGAGAUGACGACGAGCCGCUCAUCUCCCACUACGAGCUCCAGGGAGACACGGUCAUCAUCCAGAUGGACUCGGUUCCCUCAGAGGUCUUCCUGUGCGUUGGGUUUCGGGUCAGAACCAUGUUCAGGGUGAUUGGCGCCGCCGAGUCCCUGGUAACCGUCACAGAACCUCAGGACAAAGGCAGCCUGUGCACCAAGCAGUUCUCUGAUAAGCAGCAGAAGUUGAACCGGCUCUGCGUGGCAGACCAUUGUCAAUGCAUGACAGCUGCCUGUGCGUCCUACAGAGGAAACAUCGACUCAACGCUGACGGCGGAGAAACGCACAGCCGAAACCUGCCAGCCUCAGAUCAAAUAUGCCUUCAGGGUGACGGUCAAGUCCUCAGCUCCAGAGGGGGACUUUGUGACCUACUCGGCCACCGUAGCUGAAGUCCUGAAGAAGAGUGAAGAGUUUGAGGCGGUGGUUCAGGGGAACGACUUGGACCUGAUGAAGAAGACCACAUGCAGCGAGGUGGACCUGCAGAACAACAAGCAGUACCUGGUGAUGGGGUCCAGCGGGUCUGAGGUCAAAGACGGGAACAGCUUCAAGUAUCGCUUGCCCCUGGACUCGGAGGCGCUGGUGGAGCUCUGGCCCACAGCAUGUAGUUCUCCAGAGUGUGAGGACUACAUUUCCCAGCUGGCCAGCUAUGCUCUGGACCUGCAGGUGUUUGGCUGUCUCUGAUCAGUGGACCUGGUUGUGAGACACUGAGUUUAUGUUUUAUUAACACGCCAGAUGGAAGGCUCAGCAGACCAGCAGAACAUUUAAUCACUAAUAAAAGCUUUUUUUCUAGUGCUGAA